AUGGGGCCUGAGUAUUCAGAAAUGGACUUACCCUUAACGGAAACGGGAGCCAGAGCAACGACAGCCGACACUGCAGGAACAGAAGAUGACAUAACAACUUCCAAGCCCAAGAAGAAAUUCAGGGCUGGGGAUUUCAAGUUUGGAUUCGGGAGACGCAUAAUUGAUCCGUCGACAUUGGGCCCCCGCAUCAUUAUGUUUAACAACUCACCGGCGAAUGCUGCAAAUAAAUAUGUGGAUAACCAUAUAUCAACCGCAAAGUACAAUGUCUUUACCUUUCUCCCGAAAUUCUUAUUCGAACAAUUCUCCAAAUACGCGAACUUGUUUUUCUUGUUUACCGCCGUCCUCCAGCAAAUUCCAAACAUCUCCCCGACUAAUCGAUAUACUACCAUUGCCCCUCUCAUUAUCGUGCUAUUAGUGUCAGCUAUAAAAGAGCUGAUUGAAGAUUUGAAGCGAAAAUCAUCAGACAAAGGCCUCAACUACUCGAGGGCGCAGGUUCUUAAGGGCUCGACUUUUGAGGCUACGAAAUGGGUCGACGUAGCAGUAGGCGAUAUCGUUAGAGUCGAAUCUGAGGAGCCUUUCCCUGCGGACCUGGUCCUGUUAGCAAGCUCCGAACCAGAAGGUCUCUGCUAUAUCGAAACCGCGAACUUAGAUGGCGAAACGAAUCUCAAAAUCAAACAAGCCAUUCCAGAAACGGCCGAUCUUGUCAGCCCCAGUCAACUCAGUAGGCUUGCGGGAAAGGUCAAAUCUGAACAACCAAAUUCCAGUCUCUAUACGUACGAGGCUACCGUGACGCUGCAGUCAGGCGGUGGAGAGAAGGAGUUCCCCCUUGCUCCCGACCAGCUCCUCCUCCGUGGUGCUACUUUGCGUAAUACUCAUUGGAUUCAUGGCAUGGUUGUUUUUACUGGUCACGAAACAAAGUUGAUGAGGAAUGCGACAGCAACACCCAUCAAACGAACCGCCGUCGAGCGCAUGGUAAACAUGCAAAUUCUCAUGCUUGUCGCCAUCCUGGUUAGUCUCAGCUUGAUCAGCUCAAUCGGAGACUUGGUCGUUCGCAUAAAAUCUGCCAGUCAACUCACCUACCUAUAUUACGGAAAUGUCAAUGCGGCUCAACAGUUCUUCUCCGAUAUAUUCACAUAUUGGGUCCUCUACUCUAACCUCGUCCCUAUAUCUCUCUUUGUUACCAUUGAAAUAGUCAAGUAUUGUCAUGCCUUCCUCAUAAAUUCCGAUCUAGAUAUUUACUAUGACACAACCGAUACACCCGCCACGUGCCGCACCUCUUCCUUGGUCGAAGAGCUAGGCCAAAUUGAAUAUAUAUUCUCGGACAAAACGGGCACACUGACAUGCAAUGUGAUGGAGUUUAAGCAAUGCUCUAUUGGCGGCAUUCAAUAUGCUGAAGUUGUUCCAGAAGACAGAAGAGCGAUGGAUGGUGAUGAUUCCGAUACUGGGAUGUAUGAUUUUAAACAGCUGAGCCAAAAUCUUAAGUCACAUCCCACCCGAACGGCAAUCCACCAUUUCCUUACCCUUCUCGCUACUUGCCACACUGUCAUUCCUGAGAGGAAGGAUGAAAAACCCGAUGAUAUUAAAUAUCAAGCCGCCUCGCCCGAUGAAGGGGCGCUAGUUGAAGGCGCAGUCAUGUUGGGUUAUAGGUUUACCAACAGACGGCCCAAGUCCGUUAUCAUCUCCGCCAACGGUGAAGAGCAAGAAUUCGAGCUGCUCGCCGUCUGCGAAUUCAACUCAACGAGAAAACGCAUGUCCACCAUUUUCAGGUGUCCAGACGGCAAAAUUAGGAUUUACUGCAAGGGAGCUGAUACUGUGAUCCUGGAACGUCUGCAUGAGGAUAAUCCUAUUGUCGACACCACUCUUCAACAUCUUGAGGAGUACGCUUCCGAAGGUCUCCGGACGCUGUGUCUGGCUAUGAGAGAGGUGCCUGAAGAAGAAUUCCAAAAAUGGUAUCAAAUAUUCGAUAAAGCCGCGACAACUGUUAGUGGAAACAGAGCGGAGGAACUUGACAAGGCCGCAGAGAUCAUCGAGAAGGAUUUUUAUCUUCUCGGUGCCACAGCCAUUGAAGACAGGCUUCAAGAUGGGGUUCCAGAUACAAUCCAGACCCUGCAAACUGCCGGCAUUAAAAUCUGGGUUUUGACUGGUGACAGACAAGAAACCGCAAUUAACAUCGGCAUGAGUUGCAAGUUGAUAUCAGAAGACAUGGCCUUGCUGAUUGUCAACGAAGAAUCUGCGCAGGGGACAAGAGAGAACCUCACCAAAAAGCUGCAGCAAGUUCAAAGUCAGGCUAGUUCCCCAGAUAGGGAGACAUUAGCCUUGAUUAUUGACGGCAAAUCUCUUACAUAUGCUCUGGAAAAGGAUAUGGAGAAGUUGUUUUUGGACUUGGCUGUUAUGUGCAAAGCUGUCAUUUGUUGCCGUGUAUCUCCGCUGCAGAAGGCACUUGUUGUCAAGCUUGUCAAACGCCAUCUGAAAGCUUUGCUCCUUGCCAUUGGCGACGGCGCAAACGAUGUUUCCAUGAUCCAGGCCGCCCAUGUGGGUGUCGGUAUUAGUGGAGUUGAAGGUCUCCAAGCUGCCCGAAGCGCCGAUGUAUCAAUUGCUCAGUUCCGCUUUCUUCGAAAAUUGCUUCUUGUUCAUGGCGCUUGGAGUUAUCAACGCAUUAGCAAAGUCAUUCUGUAUUCAUUCUACAAAAAUAUUGCAUUGUAUAUGACUCAAUUCUGGUACUCGUUUCAAAAUUCAUUUUCCGGCCAAGUUAUUUACGAAUCAUGGACUCUGUCAUUUUAUAACGUCUUUUUUACCGUCCUUCCUCCAUUUGCCAUGGGCAUUUUUGACCAGUUCAUCUCCGCCCGACUUCUCGACAGAUAUCCGCAACUAUACCAACUUGGCCAGAAAGGUGUCUUUUUCAAAAUGCAUAGCUUCUGGUCUUGGAUUGGCAAUGGCUUCUAUCACUCUCUUCUCGCCUACUUCCUUUCACAGGCAAUCUUCCUCUAUGAUCUUCCUCUCUCAAACGGCAAAAUUGCUGGCCACUGGUUCUGGGGAACUGCACUGUACACAGCUGUCCUCGCCACAGUACUCGGAAAAGCUGCCCUAGUCACCAAUAUUUGGACCAAAUACACAGUCCUUGCCAUCCCGGGAUCGAUGAUAAUCUGGAUGGUCUUCCUACCUAUCUACGGCUUCACAGCCCCUAACAUCGGCUCCGGCUUUUCGACAGAAUACCUAGGUAUUAUCCCUAACCUCUUCCAGUCUCCUGUUUUCUGGCUCAUGGCCGUCGUCUUACCGGCCGUCUGCCUCGUGCGCGAUUUCGCUUGGAAGUACAUGAAGCGCAUGUAUUUUCCACAGGCGUAUCACCACGUGCAGGAAAUACAGAAAUAUAACGUGCAAGACUACAGACCGCGUAUGGAGCAGUUUCAGAAAGCGAUUCGUAAAGUGCGCCAGGUACAGCGGAAUCGGAAACAGAGGGGAUAUGCGUUUAGUCAGGCAGACGAGGGGGGACAGAUGCGGGUUGUUAAUGCUUAUGAUACCACUAGGUCUCGAGGGAGGUAUGGGGAGAUGGCGAGCUCGAGGCCCGUUGUAUGA